CAGCUGAACUCACAUCUCCCUUCAACAUGUCCUACAGCUGCUGCUCUGGAAACUUCUCCUCCCGCUCCCUUGGGGGCUACCUGCGCUACCCAAGCUUCUCCUGUGGCUCUUCCUACCCCAGCAACCUGGUCUACCGCACUGACCUCUGCUCUCCCAGCACCUGCCAGCUGGGCACCUCCCUCUACAGCAGCUGUCAGGAGACCUGCUGUGAGCCCACCAGCUGCCGGACGUCCUGUGUGGUGUCCAGCCCCUGCCAGACGUCCUGCUCCCUCCCGAGGACCUCCACGUUCUGCAGCCCCUGCUGGACUGCUUACCCUGGGUCUGUGGGCUUUGGGUCCAGAAGCUGCUACUCACUGGGCUAUGGAUCCCAGGGCUUCAGACCCCUGGGUUAUAGAGUCCAUUGCUUCCCUCUGCUGGCUUAUGGAUCCAGAUUCUGCCGCCCUAACUACUUUACCUCGAGGAGCUGUUACAGGCCAACCUGUGAAUCUGGCUUCUAUACAUCAACUUGUUGAGGGUCCAGAUGCUUUUGAGAAUUGAUGUCAAAGUCUCUACUUGGCACAGCCACCAUUUUCAUUUCCACCAAUUACUACUAAUCUUUUAUUCCUAAAUCAUCAGUUUCUUGCAUCAUCGACUUCUGGCUGACUCUGAACUUAAUGCGUAUUCUCAAAUUAAGUUCUAAAUUCUGUACUAUUGAUUGAAUAUAUGCUUCAUUGAAAUGCAAUUG